GAAAUUUCAGAAGGUUGGACCAGUUUGAAAGUCCAGUUUUGAAGCAGUCGCUCCUGCAUACAGGCUGCUUGGGUAUAUAAGGCGGGUUGAAGAGGCGCACUGAACAUCUGAGCAUCUAACUCUCCACCUGACACACACUCACACACUGUGAUCCGAGUCGAUCACUUUACCUCCACUGAUCAUCUCCACUGAUGUCCCCGGCACUGACCGACACGAAGCCAAAGGACAUUCAGAGCUCCACGGUGCCGCGCAUGCAGCCCGGACGCGCGCCUGCCUUCCACCCGAGCUCCUCUAACACCUUCCUGACCGGCCUGGGGCUUGGAGGACUCGGAGUGCUCGGGGUAGCGGCCACCAUCUCCAAAGCGGGACUCGGAGUGCAGAGGCUGGCGGCGUCACAGCUCAUCAAGCGGCGCGAGAAGAAGGCGAGAGCGGACGAGGAGCGGAGCCAGACGGCGGCGGUGCUGCGCGCACGGGAGGCGCUGAGCGCCGGGCCGAAGCCGCAGAACUGCAGGAGGAUGGUGGUGCUCGGAGCGCCGCGCGUCGGCAAGACUGCCAUCCUCAAGCGGUUCCUGAGGGACGGCUUCGAUGAGCAGUACGAGCCCACGAGGGAGGACUUUCACCGCAAAGUCUACAGCAUCCGCGGGGAGACCUACCAGGUGGACAUCCUGGAUGCGAGCGGGGAGAGGGACUUUCCUGCCAAGCGCAGACUCUCCAUCCUCACCGGAGAUAUCUUCUUGCUGGUGUUCAGCGUGGACGACCGCGGCUCGUUUGACGAAGUGUGCGCUCUGCGCUCUGAGAUCUCCUCCGCCAAGGCGGCGCUGUUGCGCUCUAAGGCUCGAGGGAGCAGCGUUCCGCUGGUGGUGUGCGCGAACAAGGUGGACCUGCCCGUCGAGCAGCAUGCGGUGUCGCGUACGGAGGCCCUGCUCGCCUUCGCAGAGGGCUGCGCGCUCUACGAGACGUCUGCUAAAGAGAGCAGGAACCUGGAGGAGGUGUUCGCGGCACUGGCGGAGAGAGGAGGGCUCCCAGUCGAGACCGGACCGUCCCGGCACCGCAAGCUGUCCAUCCGCUCGUACCACAACAUCCUGCGCGUGGCGCGUCAGCGCGGUGGGGACGCGGCGUGCGGGGCGGUUCACCCGCUCGCACGCAGACCGAGCUUCGGGACGGACUUACAGCUCGCCCUCGCCUCACGUGAGGAGCAAACACACAGCAUGAAGCUCAGAAAAGUGGGGACACAUCCGGCCUGCCCCAUCCAGUGACCUCGAUUUACCCCUUCAUCCUAUUCAUAACCUUCCAUUAUACGCUAAAGUGGACUGUUCAACUCUCAUGAUCAUCCAUCCGUCCAUCCAUCCAUCCAUUCAUCCAUCCAUCCCUAUCCAUCCAUCCCUGUCCAUCCAUCCAUCCAUCCCCCAAUCAUCCUUC